AUGGCGCUGAGCCCAGAGCCAUCAAGCAGGAUCCCGGUGCCAGCUACAAUGGGCAGCGCCAUGCCCGAGCUGCCUGGUGCCCCCAACGCAUCCCUCAACAGCUCAUUGGCUAGCCCGACGGAGCCCAACUCCCUGGAGGACCUGGUGGCCACGAGCACUAUUGGAGUGGUGCUCUCAGCCAUGGGCGUGGUGGGCAUGGCAGGCAACGUGUACACGCUGACGGUCAUGUGCCGCUUCCUGUACACCUCUGCCUCCAUGUACGUCUACGUCAUCAACUUGGCGCUGGCGGAUCUCCUCUACCUGCUCAGCAUCCCCUUCAUAGUAGCUACCUACAUCACCAAGAGGUGGCACUUCGGUGACGUGGGCUGCCGCGUCCUCUUCAGCCUGGACUUCCUGACCAUGCACGCCAGCAUCUUCACCCUGACCCUCAUGAGCAGGGAGCGCUACGCCGCCGUGGUGAGGCCCCUGGACACAGUGCAGCGUUCCAAGGGCUACCGCAAGGUCCUGGCACUGGGCACGUGGCUGCUGGCACUGCUGCUGACACUGCCCAUGAUGCUGGCCAUCCGGCUGGUCCGCAGGGGCCACAAGAGCCUCUGCCUGCCAGCCUGGGGCCAGCGCACCCACCGCGCCUACCUGACGCUGCUCUUCGGGACCAGCAUCGUGGGGCCCGGCGUGAUCAUCGGACUGCUCUACGUCCGCCUGGCCCGGGCCUACUGGUUCUCACAGCGGGCCUCCUUCACGCAGACGCGACGGCUGCCCAACCCCAGGGUGCUCUAUCUCAUCCUGGGGAUUGUGCUGCUCUUCUGGGCCUGCUUCCUACCCUUCUGGCUGUGGCAGCUCCUUGCCCAGUACCGCGGGGGCCCACCGCUCGCUCCCCGCUCUGCCCGCAUUGUCAACUACCUGACCACUUGCCUCACCUAUGGCAACAGCUGUGUGAACCCCUUCCUCUACACGCUGCUCACCAAGAACUACCGUGACUACCGCCAACGCUCGCUCCACAGCAGGGGCACCGGUGGGCCUGUGGGUGUCCGCAGCUUCCCGCAGGGCCACACCCGCUGCCAGCGCGGCUCAGGUCGCUCCAUGUCCUCCAGCAGCCAGCAGGCCACUGAGACCAUCGCACUGUCCCAGGUGGUCCCCGGGAGUCUCUGCGUCUGA